AUGAAUUUCCUUGUUUGCUUUUCUAUAAUAGUGCUGUUGCACGAGUGCCUCUGUUCGCCAUGCAAGACAUAUACAGAAGAGACCUUAUUAGAAGAUCCGUCAGUGAUAGAUUUUUUUUGGGAUCCUAUCAAUGAAACUGUUGAUGAGGCCUCAAGAGAUAACUUAGAUAAAACCGUGCAUAAGUCAGUACCAAAUUUCACUCCAUUAAUUAAAUAUUUCGUGGAUACUAUUCAAGAGUGUGUAGAUAGUGUUGUAAGAGAUAACUUAGACAAAUCCGUAGAUAAGUCAGUACCAAACUCAGAUAACCCCUUAGAAGACCCGGUUGUCAAAGCAUUCCUAGAUACUGAUGAAGAGGUCCCAGGAGACCACUCAGAUAAGGAUAAAUCACUGAAUAAAUCGGGGCUAAACUCAAAUGAAUCCUUAGAAGAUGCGCUUGUCACACACUACCAAAAUACUUUUAAAGUGCAAUGCAAAGUCUCAGGAGAUAAGACAGAUAGACCAGUGGAUAAAUCGGUACCGAAUUUCUUGGAUGAGCCUUUAAGAAAAACGUCUCACGAUAAGACCCUUCUAGAUAUUUUUGAUGAGCCUUUAGACACGGUUUUAAGAGAUAAUCUACGCAAAAAAGUGCAUAAACUGGUACUUAAUGAUGUGUUAAGUGAUCCUCUAGACAAGUUCUCAAGAGGUAGUUAGCAUU